CUGAGAGGAGAAAACAGACUAAGAAUAUGACAGAAGUUGCACCAGCUCCAGCCGCCGCCCCGGCAAAAGCUUCCAAGCCGAAGAGGAAGUCAGGCAAGUCCGCCAGUUCUGGACCGAGUGUUCGCGAGCGCAUUGUCAAGAUCGUGUCCGCCUCCAACGAGCGUGGAGGUGUGUCACUGGCCGCCAUCAAGAAAGCUCUGGCCGCCGGUGAGUACGAUGUGGAGAAGAACAAUGCUCGCAUCAAGCUCGCCAUCAAGAAGCUGGUGGCUAAUGGUGUCGUGAUCCAGACCAAGGGCACCGGAGCGUCCGGCUCUUUCAAGAUGAACAAGAAAGAAGCGCCCAAGACUAAAAAAGCCGCUCCAAAAACCAAGAAGGUCGCUGCCAAGAAACCCGUAGCAGCCAAGAAAGCACCAGCGGCGAGGAAGCCGAAAUCCGCGGUGAAGAAGACGGCAGCCUCUAAAAAGUCUCCGAAGAAGGUCAAGCCUGCGAAGACUGAAGCGAAGAAAGCAGCAGCGAAGAAGGCGAAGAGCCCCAAGAAAGCUAAGGUGACCAAGACAUCCGCCAAGCCGAAGGUGGUGAAGAAGCCUGCGGCAAAGAAAGCACCGAAGAAGACGUCUAAGGCAGCGAAGAAAGCGGCACCAAAGAGAAAGUAA